AUGUCAAAAGUUGGAGUUCUCACCUUGGGUCCUGCUGGUGCAGGUAAGACUACAUUUUGUAACUCAAUUAUGUCAUACAUGGAGUCGAUUGGACGUACAGCGCAUUUGGUGAACUUAGAUCCGGCGGCUGAACCUACUGAAUUUUCGUUUUCAAUCGAUAUACGUGACCUUAUUUCAGUAAGUGAUGUCCAGGAAGAGCUCGGAUUGGGACCUAACGGUGCACUAGUAUACUGCUUUGAGUUUUUGCUCGAUAAUCUUGACUGGUUAGAUGAACAAAUUGGAGAUUACAACAACGAUUAUUUGAUCUUUGAUUGUCCCGGUCAAGUAGAAUUAUACUCGCAUGUCCCUGUGGUGCCUAUGUUAGUGCAGCAUUUGCAACAGCAACUUGGAUUUAGAUUGUGUUGCACAUAUUUAUUAGAAGCACCUUUCGUUGUUGAUAGGGGGAAGUUUUUCUCUGGUGCAUUAAGCGCCAUGUCCACCAUGAUUUUCCUUGAGUUACCGCAUAUCAAUGUUCUAUCCAAGGUUGAUUUAGUGAAGGAGUCUAUUGCCAAGAGGGAACUAAAGAAGUUUUUCAACCCUGAUCCGGCAUUAUUGGAAGAGGUAAAUGACGAGGAUAAAGGUGACUAUGUUACUGGUAACCAAAAGUACAGGAAAUUAAACAAAGCUAUUGCACAGUUAGUUGAUGACUUUGGUAUGGUUCAAUUUUUACCCUUAGAUUGUAGCGAUAAGGAUAGUAACAAAAGUGUGGAAUUAAUCGUCAGUCAUAUCGAUGAUAUAACUCAAUGGAAUGAGGGGCAGGAACCAAAGGAACCAAAGGAUGAAAUUGAGAUACCAGAAGAUGAUGAUUAA